AGAAACAUCCAGGGACGAAACAAUGGCACCAACUCGUCGAGUCGCUGUAAUUCAGUGGUCCAUCAAGGACCUGGCAGUCGAGGAAAACCACACCAAGGCAUGCGGCUAUAUUCGGUCUGCUGCCGCCCAGGGCGCUGAACUGGCUGUUUUGCCCGAAUAUCACCUCAAUGGCUGGGCGCCCGCAGACCCGUUAUAUGCCUUACAAGCAGGCCAAACCGCCCAGUACCUCACUGCAUACCGGUCCCUAGCUAAGGAACUCAACAUCUGCCUUGUCCCAGGGACAAUUGUCGAAAAGCAUUCCUCCUCCUCUUCUUCUUCUACUGCCACUUCAGAACAAGAGGUAGACGGGACAGUCCUCUAUAACACAGCAUACUUCAUUUCCAACAACGGCGAGAUCCUCGGCCGCUACAGAAAGAAAAACAUCUGGCAUCCCGAACGGGCGUAUCUGACGUCUUCGGGCGCAGAACCCCACGAGGUGUUCGACACCCCGAUCGGCAAAGUCGGCAUGCUAAUCUGUUGGGAUUUGGCCUUCCCCGAGGCGUUUCGCGAGUUGAUUGCGCAUGGUGCAGAGGUGGUGAUUAUUCCGACUUACUGGGGUCGCUUUGACGCAUCGCCCGAGUCUCUGUUGCGAAAUCAAAACUGCGAAGCGCUGUUCCUUGAGUCUACGCUUACAUCGCGGUGCUUUGAGAACACAUGCGGAAUCAUCUUUGCGAAUGUCUCGGGUACGGAGACGACCCUGGGACUAUCGCGUGUGACUCUGCCGAUUGUUGGGUCUGUCGGUCAACUGGGGAAUGAAGAGGGGUUGCUGGUUGCUGAGAUGGAUUUGGGGUUGUUGAAGAUGGCAGAAGAUAAUUAUAAAGUGAGAUAUGACCUGGCGCGAGAGGGAUGGCAUUAUAAAUAUAGACAUUCUACUUGAAACAUACAUAUGUUAGCGGCAAUUCAAUACAUACAUAUGAUAAUGCAACUACUUCCAGUAUGUAUGUAUCUGAAUGUACCA